GAAUCGGUGGUAAGGACAACCAAAGAAGAUGGAUGUCUUAAGUUCGUUGCUGUGCUUUGUUCUGUUCGUGGUCUUGUUUCAAGCCUUUCGAAGGAAAUCGGGAAGAACAGACAAGCUUCCGCCCGGUCCGCCUCCGAUUCCGAUCUUCGGGAACCUCUUCCAGCUUGGUGAUAAGCCCCAUAAGGCCCUUGCCAAACUUGCCAAGAUUCAUGGCGACAGUAUGACUUUGAAACUUGGCCAAACAACUACUAUAGUAAUUUCGUCUGCAACAAUGGCCAAAGAAAUCCUCCAAACGCAUGACGCCAUAUCGUGUAACCGAACCAUUCCCGAUGCCCUUCAUGCCCUUCAACACCACGAAACCGGAUUGCCUUGGAUGCCUGUUUCAACCACAUGGAGAAACCUUCGGAAAAUCUGCAAUUUGCACAUUUUCUCUGCUCACAAACUCGACGCUAACCGGUACUUGCGGCACAGCAAAAUAGAACAACUCCUCGCCGGUGUUCGUGAUAGUUCCCGAAUCGGAGAAGCGAUUGACAUAAGCACAAUUGUUUUAAAAACAAUGCUUAAUCUUAUGUCCAAUACUAUUUUUUCCAUUGAUUUAGCGGACUCUUCUGAUACAGCUCUGGAAUUCGGAGAAAUUAUAGAGGGUAUCAAGAAAGAGUUGGGAAAACCAAAUUUUUGUGAUUAUUUCCCUACUCUUCUUGGUAACCUUGACUUGCAAGGCAUAAGGCGUCGGAUGACUAAUCAUUUUGGGAAGUUGAUGAUUCUUUUCGAUGAUUUGAUCGAUAAGCGGUUGGAGUCGAGAACCAUGAAUGAUUCUAUAUCAACUAAUGAUCUAUUGGAUAUUCUUCUCCAAAUCAGUGAAGAUGACAACCAAGAGCUUGAUAGAAAUCAGAUCAAACAUUUGAUUUUGGAUUUGUUCACAGCGGGAACGGAGACAACAACUAGUACUUUGGAAUGGGCAAUGGCGGAAUUACUCCAUAACCCGAAAACUUUACUUGAUGCCCGAAGAGAACUGCAACAAAAAAUUGGCCAAGGGAAGAUGGUGGAUGAAUCCGACGAUACUUUUUUACCUUAUUUGCAAGCAAUUGUCAAGGAAACGUUGAGAUUGCAUCCUCCAGUUCCUUUCUUACUCCCUCGAAAAGCUGAAGCCGAUAUCGAGAUUCAUGAGUUCGUGGUUCCGAAGGGCGCACAGGUGUUGAUCAACGCAUGGGCUAUAGGCAGAGAUCCCAAUUGCUGGGACGAACCUGAGUUGUUUCUUCCAGAGAGGUUAAUGAGAUCAGAAGUGGAUGUUAAAGGAAGGGACUUUGAACUCAUUCCAUUCGGGGGUGGGCGACGAAUUUGCCCUGGAUUGCCAUUAGCCAUGAGGAUGUUGCACCUGGUGUUGGGUACCCUUAUUCACUCAUUUGAUUGGGAGCUUGAAGAUGGAGUUACACCUCAAAACAUGAACAUGGAUGAUGCCUUUGGCCUUGUUUUACAGAAAGCUCGACGAUUAAGAGUUAUCCCACGUUUAAUUUGAUACUGUUUUGUUUAUUUGCUCUUGUUAUCCAAAUUAAUUAGUGAAGAUAAAUAAAGAAACUUGGAUUUGCUUUGGAA